GCGUAAGAAGGGCCCUGGGUACGAGAAUGUAUCCUAUAUAAAGUUAGUUUUCGAAAGUAUAACAUGUCGUCCAACAGUAUCGAGUGCAAAUUGCUGUUGCCUUUAGCAGUUUAGGAGUACUAACUUUUGCCGUCCAAACGGGGUCGAAUCACUUGGUAAAAAAUUGAAACAUAUAUUCUUAAAUGUCCUAAAUGCAAAAGUUGUCUUAUUUUCAGGCUGCUAUUGGUGCAAUUUCAUUAGAAACCGCCCGAGAACAGGGUUAUACUGGAAAGCCUGAAGAGGAAUAUGGCAAAAAUGUAAGUCAGUAUCGUAGAAUUAAAGGUUUUGUGCAGGCUUUUGUGAAAUGAAUAAACGUGGUGUUUUCUAUAAAACAGGACAAUUAUAAUUAUAUUUUGUAUCUAGCUUUCUGUUUUUUAAUUCAUCAGCAUGCAUAUUUUCUCUUAUUUUCCAUAUUUGCAGAUUUUGACAUUGGCUGUGCUUGUGAUUUUACUAACCGCGCCCUUAGGUGCUAUAGGGAUAGCUGUAACUGGUCCCAGGCUCUUACAGAGAGAAAAGAACGCGGUCAACCCUGUGACGUCAGAGGAGGAGCAAAUAGGAUUAACUGCUGAUACAGCGAUAUAAACAUGAACCAUUGAAAUAUAAACUAUGGAAUGACUGAAAAUAUUAUAAGAUCCUAUCUGUAAAAAAACUAAAUUUUAUAUUUAUGUGAAAUUAUAUAUAUAUUUAUCGAUUGAAGUGUUGUAUUAUCGCAAAUUCGAAAUAAAUAAACCUGGUGCUGUCCACAAAGAAAAUGAGUUAUAACGCAAAUUGAAAAAUGUGAAGAUAUAUAUGCCUGACUUUAGAUUUAGUACAGUUAUAU